UACUAAAGCACGAAUUUAAGUCACAGUCUUCUUAAAUUUGUGGGGCUGUCCUAAUAGAAUAAUAGGUAGAGCCAUUGGUAUUUUGACCCUAUCCUUAAGUAAAUAACAAUUCAAUAUUUUUUUAAUUAGCUGUAAUUAUGAAUAAAACAAGGUUUUUAUAGUUUGCUUAAAUUUUUAAAAAGAUUCUUAUAAAUUAUAGAUGGCGAGAGUAUUGAAACUAAAUCAUUGAGUACAGCCGGAUGGUAUGUGAUUGUGUCUGUGUUUUUAAAACUCUUAAUUGUAUAAAAGAGUUACAAAUUGUGUAGGCAAAUACUUUUAAACAUGAGUCACAUUAUAGUAAUACGAAGUUACAAGCCGGGAGAUGAAAUCAAUUGUAAAGAGUUAAUAAAAUCCGGCGUAAUGUCAUCUUUGAAUUCAACAUUUUUUGGAAUUGUUUUUAAAGAAUUAACAUUCCAAAUGAUGAUAUUAUUUGCUGCUAUAAUGUUCAUCUUCUUUGGAUUACCUCUGACUAUUUGUUUUUUAGUUAUACCACUUGUUGUUUUCCUUGUGUACGUUGGAACUUACAUAGGUUUCACUACGAAAACUAUGGAAGUUAAUGAAGAAGUUUCUAAUAUACCAAGGGUUUACAUGUCCAAUGCCUUUUCCUGUUUUUGGGUUGCUGAAGCAUUUGAACCUUAUUUAAUGACAGAAAAUCCGACAAAUAUACAAUACAUCAUCAUGACAGAGCAACAAUUCCGUGACUCAGAUAUUGAUAUUUCAUCUCAAGUUAAAAGGAUUGUAGGUACAGUUGCUUUAUGUAAAAGUCACAGAUUAGAUAAAGGUGCAUGGAUCAAAAGAUUACAUGUUCAUCAUCGAUACAGAAGGAAAGGAAUAGCUUCGUGCCUUAUUAAUGUUGCUAUAUCAUUUGCAAUAGAGCAAGGAUAUAGUUGUGCUAAUAUAAUUGCCUCAGAAUACACAGAAGGUGGAAGGGAAUUAUGCCUUAAAAAAGGAUUUGAAUUGCAACAAAUGUAUCAUAAAUCUAUUUUGGGGUCACUUAUAACUAUAUUGAUGUAUGAAUUAACGUACCAGAUUAAACCUGGAGAUGAUGACUAUGUGCCUCCCAUUUAUAAUAAAUCAAUGCUUAAUAAGUAAGCAUUAGAUUUUAUUUGGUACUAUUCUAACAAAAAUAGCAUGAUUUUCAUAAGUCUGAUUAUAUACAUUCUAAGAAGAAUCUGAGAUAGUUACUUUAUGACUAUAGAAUUAUUGACAUUUUAUAAUGUUACUGAAAUUAUAAAAAUAUUGUUAUAGUUAAAAAUAAUUUUGUAAUUUAGUAAUUAACAAACUAUUUUGUAUUACUCCAAUGUGACAUAUGUGUACAAAUCAUUGUUAGAAAUAUAUUUUUCUCACUUUUUCA